AUGGGCGUACCAACUGGAAAUGCUGAACUCGGGAAAAAAAUAUUUGUUCAACGAUGUGCCCAAUGUCAUACGAUUGAAUCUGGCGGCAAAAAUAAAGUGGGGCCCAACCUUCAUGGUUUUAUCGGUCGUAAGUCGGGCCAGGCACCGGGUUAUUCGUAUUCAGAAGCCAAUAAAUCAAAAGGAAUUGUCUGGAACGAGGACACUCUUUUUGAAUACUUAGAGAACCCGAAGAAAUUCAUGCCAGGUACAAAAAUGGUUUUUGCUGGGCUGAAGAAAGCGGGAGAACGAGCAGAUCUCAUAGCCUAUUUAAAAGAAGCUUCUAAUUAA